CCCUUUCGUUUUCAAGAUGGCGGCGAGUAACUAUUACGCUGGCUACACUUCGGGAGCCCAACACUCUCAAGGAUUUACUCAAGUUCAAAAUCCGCCGAUUCAGACAACUUAYACAGCACCUCAGGCAAGUACUGGCUACGCUGUUCAAGGUACAGCGCCAACGGCUGCCCAUUAUGGSCCACCACAAACACAGACUCCACGACAAGUUGUUCAACCAGCUGCCUAUUCAGCCGCCACUAGCGCWUACGCUCAAACUGCUCCUACUCAAGGAAGUGCGUAUGGAUACACAGCAAGGCAACAAGACGCUCCACCACCGCCACCRCCAACUAAUACAGCUUAUCAGGCAGCCUCGCAUGCUGGCUAUCAAGCUCACCCGGCAUCUCAAACUUAUUACGAAAGAGACGCUUACGACAACAAAGCCACCUAUUAUUCCCAACAACCGGCUUCAAGCGUUCAAGUAAGCCAAGGAGGUUACUACGCUCAAGGAGCAACAGCAACAGCGAAAGGUGCUUACCAAGCUUCUGCCGCUUCGGCUUAUCCCACUCCUGUCAGCGCUACUAGAGUAGCAGCCAAAUCUCAUCCUGUUCAAGCUUACACGUCGAGCUCGACCGUCGCUUAUCCCUACUCCACAGGACGCUCUCAUUCAAACUACAACAAUCAAGGCUCAUACUCUACUUCWAACUACGGUAGUUCUAAUACUGCUGGAGGCGAAAGCUACCAUCCACAGGCUUACGAGGCGGCUGUUUACAAUGCCGCGGCUGCUUACGUCCAGCAACAACAACAGCAUCAAGCACCAAGGUCUAACUGGAAAAACAAAGGUGGCGGUAUGGGAGGAAUGGGCUCAAACAAACAGCAAAAACCCAAAGCACCACCUAAACAGCCACAGAUACACUAUUGUGAUAUUUGUAAAAUUAGUUGUGCUGGUCCUCAGACAUACAAGGAACAUCUUGAAGGACAAAAGCACAAGAAGAAGGAGGCAGCCUCCAAAGCUAAGCCAGAUGUUUCUUCUAACAACAGUAAUUGUUAUCAGUGUGAACUGUGUAAUAUCACUUGCACUGGGGCUGACGCUUAUGCUGCUCAUUUGAAAGGUGCUAAACAUCAAAAGGUUGUCAACUUACACGUCAAGAUGGGACGACCAAUCCCAGAAAUCCAGCCAAUCAAGGUACCAGAGUCAAAAGAAGGUGAAGAUAAGAACAAGUCCACUGGUGGUAACAGAAACCACAACCGAAAACCAGGAGCUAAGAGAGGAGCAGCUCCCAAGAUCACAUUUGUUGGGGGAACAAAGUUGACUACAACUGGCAUAGUCAAGAGUGAUUCUACAGGAGAUGGGUCAGCAACUGUACAGACCCAGCAGCAAGGACAGGCAGCUAAAGAGGAUGAAAGCAUGGAAACUGGAGGAGACGCUGAAGAAAAAUUCGAUUUGGCAACAUUCACUGGUGUAGACAAGUCAAAAAUUGUUGGUGCUGAUUACCUUGAAGAAAUCAAGAGUGAUGAAGGGAAAGUUGUCAGUUUUCAUUGCAAGCUUUGCGAGUGCAAGUUCAAUGAUCCUAAUGCCAAAGAGGCUCACUUGGCUGGACGUAGACACAGACUGCAAUUCAAAAAAAAAGUCCAACCAGAUCUAGUUGUUGAGACCAAGCCAAGCAACAGAAGACUAAGCAAAUCCCAAGAAGAAAAACUACGGCACAGAUGGGAGCAGGAGCAGAUGUGGCGAUGGCGUGAAGAUGCCAGAUGGCAUGAAGAGGAAGCUGCUAGACGAUGGGAGGAGGAAGAGUAUGUGAGAAGGAUGGAAGAAGAGAGGUUCUGGGAAGAAGAACACAGACGUCGGUAUGAAGCAGAGUUCCAUGACUGGUCUGACAGAUCAGCAUCAGGAGCUGUGCCACCGAGAUUGAUGGAUGCACCUCCCGGAAUGCCCCAUAUGCGACCCCGAUACACUACUGCAGAUGACCACAUGGUUAUGGCCAAGCACUCUGCAAUCUACCCAACUGAAGCUGAAUUGCAAGCUGUACAGAACAUCGUAUCGGCAUCAGAGAAGGCUCUGAAGUUAGUGUCUGACGUCAUCUCUGAUCAAGACAAUCCACAAAUGGAAGUUGAGGGCUCAGCGACGGAAGCUGAAAAGGAUGAAUCAGCUGCAAAGAAAGAGCAAGAARCAGAAGUGAAGCCUGAAGCCACUGAAGCAACAUCUGCCGAGAAGACUGAAGACGAAGCUGAAUCAGAAAACAAAGAAGCAUCCAAGUCUCAAACACCAAGAGCACUGAAGGGUGUCAUGCGUGUUGGRGUGCUUGCCAAGGGUCUUCUACUCCGAGGAAGGCUAGACGUUGACUUGGUAGUCCUUUGCCACAAUAAACCAAGUUCGACUUUACUGAAGAGAGUAUCAGAUCUUCUGCCAGUGCAACUUGGGAAAGUAACAGAAGAAAAAUAUGACAUCAAGACGGUCCCAGAAGAAUCUGCAUUGAAGAUCAGCACAUUGACUGAACCAACAGUUGUGGUGACAGUGACUUUGACAUCACCAAUAAUGCGGGAUUCAGUGGAGCCCACCCCUGCCGAAGAUGAGCCUGAUGUACUGGACAGGCCAAAAUGCCUUGAUGCAUUGGCUGCAUUACGACAUGCCAAAUGGUUCCAGGCAAAGGCCAACAGUCUACAAUCCUGCGUCGUUAUAAUUCGCGUUAUGCGUGAGAUGUGUCAAAGAGUGCCAGUAUUUAGUCCUAUCAGCGAAUGGGCGUUGGAGCUCUUGGUUGAGAAAUCCCUUAGUAGCAGUGAACAGCCACUGGGUCCAGGAGAGGCCUUCAGACGAGUCUUAGAGUGUAUUUCCACUGGACUAUUCCUGGAAGGUGGUUCAGGGUUAUGUGAUCCAUGUGAAAAAGACGCAAUUAAUGCCUGCGCCGAAAUCACAGCUCAAGAAGCAGAAGACUUGACGGCUGCAGCACAGCAUGCACUUCGAUUGCAAGCAUUCAGACAACUUCACAAAGUGUUGGGAAUCGACCCUCCCCCACCAGCACCCCGAUAUCGCGGCCGAUACCCGCGAGGUGGUCGAUUUAAGCGAAGACGAGAAGACAGCGGUCAGGGGGAUGAAGGAGCAAAGAAAGAAAAGAAAGAAGGAGAAGGAGAGGUGAUUCCAGAGGUCAUGGAGACAUCUAGCGAGAACAAAGAUGGAGCAACCAAAACGCCAGCCAAAGCCGAAGCGUAAAAUCUAAGCUGAAAUCUGUGUUUCAAGUUGAUAUUUACUUUCCUUGCAAGCAAUAACUGUCUAAAAAUUAUUCUCAUUUGCACGAAAACGUGCAAUUCUGUAGUUUUAUGCUCCUGCUUUUGCACUGUCCACAUCUCGAUGACUAGAAUUAAGAAAGGUCUUCAUUAGAGCAAAAAAAGUGUUAAAAGGUUGAACAAGACGGUUCUUUCAAAUAAUUCCUGGAUAGAUUCAAAUAAAAGCAUAAAAGAGAAAGAGGAAAGAAAAAAGAACAUUUGCAAGCUGAUACUGAAUGAAAGCAUGCAGUAAAAUUUUAUUUGGUUUCGUACGUUAUCUAUUAAUGAAAGUCAAAGCUGUUGGGAACAGUUUUUAGCAGAUCUGUAUGAAAUUGUUAGUGAUAUUAUUUUGGACAUUGUUAUGAUUAAGUGAAAAGAAAUAAACAGUCAAACCAAUUUAAGA